GUGGCGCGCAGAGGUUGGGUUCUGGUUCGGCCCAACUCGGCCGGAGCCUGCGUGAGAGGAUCAUGGCUGCUGUUCCCCUAAAUAAUCUACAGGAACAACUGGAGCUCCACUCAGCCAGAAAACUUAGUAAUAAACUCAGCCUCUCAAAACCAAAAUCCUUAGGUUUUACUUUUAAAAAGAAAACAUCAUCAGACAGCGAUGCAUCCGUGACCAGUGUAUCAGUAGCAAGAACACCUGUGUUAAGUGACAAAGAUGUGAAUGUAUCAGAGGCCUUUUCCUUCAGCGAGCCUCUGCCCCACACCCCAAAUCAGCAGACAAGAACCAAUGGCUUCUUUAAGAAUACCCCAGCAGGACAGCGGACCCAGGGAACUGGUGCAAAACCACUCCUGCUAGAUCCACUGCAGAGUCCGCAGGAAGUUUUACGUACCACCCAGAACUCAGCAGCUGUAAAGAAACCCCAACUCCAUGAUGCCACCUUCAAGAAAUUAGAAUUUAGUUCUUCGCCAGAUUCUUUCAGCCCCAAUAAUGAUUGGGAUGAUAUGGAUGAUUUUGAUACCUCGGCAACUUCAAAAGCAUUUGCCACGCCACUCAGAAAUCACGUUGUAAGAGUAAGCACAGCUCAGAAAUCAAGAAAGGGCAAGAGGAACUUUUUUAAAGCACAGCCUGAGAAAGCAAACACAGCCAAGACUGGUCCGACUCCUUCACGCUCUGAAAGCCUGCACAUUGACUUAACUGAGGAGCAGGAAGGCUCGGAAUGCUUGAGCAGUGGGGUGAUUUGCCUGGAUGAUGACCCCACUCCCAGUGUGCUUGAGAAGAAAGGGACCCAGGAGCAUCACCCUUUGAAAGUUCAGGUGGGAGAUGACAGAGAUAAUCGUGAAAGGAAGACCAGUGGGGAAGGAGCUGAAUUGCUUUCAGCCGAGACAGUUCUAUGCAUUGAGCUAGGUGAGGAUGGCGAUGCAGAUUUUGUUCCGCCGUCUCCAGAGGAAGAAAUCGGCUCCACUUCUUCUUCCUCUUCAAAAUGCUUUAGUAUGUUAAGGGAUUUUGAUGCCUCUGACAAAGAAAAGGACAUUCUUAGCACAUCAAAAGACCUUCUGUCAAAACCAGAGAGAAUGAUGACACAGGAGCCUGAUGCCAAAACCAAUACAGACGGUGACGCCAGAUGGAUACAUUUCCAGCAGCAGCUCAUUCACGUGAUGGACCACAUCUGUAGGCUAGUUGACACCAUUCCUGUGGAUGAACUGAAGGCUUUGGACUGUGGGGACGAGCUGCUUGAACAGCGGAACAUGAGAAGAAAACUCUUGGCUGAAGGAGAUUUUAAUAGAAAUGAUGUCAGUCUUUUGGGUUCAGUGUGGAGACACAGGGCUGAUUCACUUGGGAACACUGUGGAGGGGGACUCCUGCCCUGCAGGGAACUUGCUCAAGGAGUUAACGUCUCCAUACCUUCCCUCAAGCUCUCUUUCCACCACUCUGGGAAAGACAGUGCUCUCUGAAAGGCCAGGAUUCAGUCCACAUUUACAGAAAUCCUUUGUGAGUGGAAAACGGGCUGAAACGCCAAGGAGAGAAAAAAGAAACGAAAGUGCUUAUUUCCCAGGAAAUGUUCUCACAAGUACUGCUGUGAAAGAUCAGAGUAAGCACACUGCUUCAGGAAAUGACUUAGAAAGAGAAAGCCAGGCUUUCUGUGAUAUUGAUAAUUUUGACAUAGAUGAUUUUGAUGACGAUGAUGACUGGGAAAAUAUAGUGCAUCAUUUACCAGCCAGCAAAUCUUCUACAGCUUCCUACCCACCUGUCAGGGAAGGUGGGCCGAUUAAAUCUGUAUCAGAGGAGAUUUCUUCAGCCCACGCAGACUGUCUGCCAGUGGUAUCUACUGCUCGAAAUAAAAACUUCUCAGAGUCAGUUCAGAAGUACACUGACAAGAUGGCGCAAAGUUUAACAUCCAAGAAUAUGAAACAUGAACGCUUCCAAAGUCUUAAUUUUCCUCAUACAAAAGAAAUGAUGAAGAUUUUUCAUAAAAAAUUUGGCCUGCACAAUUUUAGAACUAAUCAGCUGGAGGCGAUCAAUGCUGCACUGCUCGGUGAAGACUGCUUUAUCCUAAUGCCCACUGGAGGUGGUAAAAGUUUGUGUUACCAGCUACCCGCCUGUGUUUCUCCUGGGGUCACUAUUGUCAUUUCUCCCUUGAGGUCCCUGAUAGUUGAUCAAGUCCAAAAGCUGACUUCAUUGGAUAUUCCAGCUACAUAUCUGACAGGUGAUAAGACAGAUUCAGAAGCUGCAAGUAUUUACCUACAAUUAUCAAAAAAAGACCCGAUUAUAAAACUUCUGUAUGUUACUCCAGAGAAGGUCUGUGCGAGUAACAGGCUGAUUUCCACACUGGAGAAUCUGUAUGAGAGGAAGCUCUUGGCACGUUUUGUCAUCGACGAAGCGCAUUGUGUCAGUCAGUGGGGACACGAUUUUCGUCAGGAUUACAAAAGGAUGAACCUGCUUCGCCAGAAGUUUCCUUCCGUCCCCGUGAUGGCCCUUACUGCCACGGCCAACCCCAGGGUGCAGAAGGACAUCCUCACUCAGCUGAAGAUUCUCAGGCCCCAGGUGUUUAGCAUGAGCUUCAACAGACAUAAUCUGAAAUACUAUGUAUUACCGAAGAAGCCUAAGAAGGUGGCAUUUGAUUGCUCAGAGUGGAUCCGAAAGCAUCACCCAU